GAACUCUCGACUUUCUCUACCACAUGACCGUGCCGAACAAUAAAGAGCUUCAUAUAGAUGAGGUGAUUGAGAUCGAGUAUGAAGGUAUUACUGAGGAAGCAUGUGAUGGUGAUCAAGAGGAGUCUUUUGCAAAACCUAGUGAUCUUCGAGGGUUCACAAAUUACAUAUGGAAAAUCCUCUCCAAAUCAAACGCUGGUAUGAUAAGAAUUUCCAAGAGAAUUAUUUUCGGGAGACCAGUCAUUUUGGUAACCAAACUUCCAUGGAGGAUCAUAUCCAGCCUUCCAAUACUAAAGCUCUUGAAAGAACCCAUCUAACAAAUGUUCAAAAAUUUUCGCGGUGAAGAAGGACAAGAGAAAUCAAACGACGAAAGUGGUGAGUCGAAAACGCCAAAAAUAGAAGAGAUAACCAUCCCGUCGGUUACUGAAAUGGCUAAAGCCGGAAUCCUUUUCUCACCGGUUAAUGGUGGAAUAUCCGACAUUAGUUUUGAUGUCAAAACAUGUACAUUGUACCUCCCAGUGGUGGAGCUGGAUGUGAACACAGAGGUAUAUUUGAGAAACCUGGUGGCGUACGAAGCAUGCGUUGCAGCGGGACCAUUAGUCAUGGCUCGUUACACCGAGUUAAUGAAUGGGAUAAUCGACACAGAGGAGGACGCAAAGUAUUUGCGGGAAAGAGGGAUAGUUUUGAACCAUUUGAAGAGUGAUAAAGAGGUUGCAGACUUGUGGAAUGGGAUGAGUAAAUCUGUGAAGUUGACGAAAGUGCCGAAGAUGGAUAAAGUGGUUGCAGAUGUGAAUAAGAUGUAUGGUGAAACAUGGAGAGUGAAAUCAUCCAAGUAUUUGAAGAAAUAUGUGUUUGCAUCUUGGCAGAUUUUAACGUUGUUGGCUGCUUUGUUUAUGUUGUUCUUGACGACAUUACAAGCUUUUUGCUCAGUGUAUGUAUGCGCUCGAGUGUUUCAUCAGCUCCCCGAAAUUCCUGGAUCUGAAGGAGCGACAUGAAUUUACUAUGUGUGUUCAUCUUUAACUUUGUCAGCAAUGGCAGUCGGGGGUCAUCAUAAGCUUAUUUUCUUUACAUGUUAAAAAUUAGGAGUCCAUUUUAUGUUUGUUUCUUUAACACUCUGAUUUUCUAUAUAAACAUUCAAUGAAUUCUGGUGAUCGGAGGGUCAACUGACCCUCUUGACCCCCCUCUGGUUCCGCCCCUGUUUGUCAGGA